AUGCACCAUGCAUGCACUCUGUUUCUGCUUCUGCCCCCGGGGGAAGUCCGGUGGAGUCCCUCAAACCUCCGUCCGGGAGCAGCAGCAAAACGGAAAGGCUUCAAGAACACCAACCAGAGGUACCCCGUACUCACAUGGCGCCACAGGGUAACUCGUGCUGAAGCCCUCCUCAUCCUCCAAGUCAUGCAUUGCAGGUCAGGGCUAGCUAGCUUAUGAGUUAUGACCAAGCCCAUGCCCAUCUCUUCUCGAGACCAAGUAGCUAGUCAAUGGCUCAAUGCAACUGUGCAUGCAUGAAACCUUAAUCGCUCGCUCUGGCUUUGAUGAACCUAUAUAUGCAUGCGCAGAGGUCGACUGCAUGCAGAAGCAUAUCGUUUUACUCUUGUUUGCGGAGCGGUGCGAAAUGGCCGGGUUUUGGGACAUGGUCGGGAAGGCGGCCAACCUGGUUCAGCUAUUCGGAGUGGACGCCAUCACGCUCAUCACCAUCGUCGCGAGCUGCUUCUGGCAGUUUCAUGAGGUUCAGAAGGAAUGCCGGAAGCUGGAGGACAGUGUGCGGAUGCUCCGGCUGCUCCUGCUCUCGCCAGCCGGCUGCUGGAUCAUGCAGCAGCAGAACUUCGAGCUGCUGGGGCAUCUCGUGACCAAUGCACUCAUGGAUGCAGACGACCUCGUCCGGUCCUUCUGCGAGAGCACGCCGUCUUUAUGUGUCCUGAGGGGCAGGGGCAUGUCCAGGCAGUUCCGCGAUCUGCGCAACAGCAUCGACUCCUACUGUCACAUCAUCCUCUCCAUCAUCGUCGUCGUGCAAGACAACCCUCCUCCUCCUCCUCCUCCUCCUCCUCCUCCGUCGUCGCUUGUCAGGGCUCAGGUGAACCAUGUAGGCGUGCCACCAUCCCCCGGGGAUUCCACGUCGUCAUCUACGGCUGCUCCUGAUCACACUCACAUCAUCGACAUCAAUGAGUAGCCAGCAAGCCACAUCAUCUAUCGCGUGGGGAAGACAAAGAUGGAGGUGCUUCCAAGCGGCCUGCCUUGGUGGAAGCAGUUCAGGGUUUCUGGACCAUGUCUUCGAGCUGUUUUGCCAAACAAUUUUCAAAAAUGGCUUCAGCUUCACCAGAGAAGCUGCUUCACCAGAGUAGCCACAACCCUGCCAAACAGGCCCUUCCUCUGCACACUUACAGAAUUCAUGCUAUUGUUGUCCAUUUCAUCCAACAUUUCAAUAUCUGAAUCAUCUGA